GCGGGGGGGCGUGGCUGGGUUCGUCUCGUGAGUUCCGGUGCGGCACUUCCGCCGGUGUGCCGGUGCGGGCGGCGGGCGCCAUGGGGAGCCGCGGGCAGGUUUUGAAGCUUUUUAAGUCAUUACACAGAACACGGCAAGAAGUUUUUAAAAAUGAUACCAAAGCCCUUGAAGCUGCAAGACAAAAGAUAAAUGAAGAAUUCAGAAAUAACCGAGACGAGACAUCAGAAGAGAAGAUUAAUGAGCUUCUGAAAAUAGCUUCAGAUGUUGAAGUGAUUCUCAGAACUUCUGUUAUUCAGGCAGUUCACACAGAUUCUGACAAAAUAGUACUCAUACCCAGGAAAGACCUGCUGCAGGACAACACUCCUUACUUAGAUAAACCAACAAAAAAGCAAGAAUCCUGAGGAAGUAUUGUUACCAGGAAAAGAGAGACUGAAAUCAACUCACUGAUUUUAUUGAGUGCUGCGAUAUCAUCAUGCACUUGCUCUGUGGAAGAUAGUCAUACUUGCACAGAACUUAAAAGUACACUGCUGAAUUGUGUUACUUCAGCCAGGAAUGUUUUUGAUUAUGACAGCCUAUCAGACAGAGAUUGUUUCCCAGCAAUCCAGAGUUUUUAAAAGCUAUAUAAAAAUUAAAUACAGUACUUACUACUGAUAAUAUUUAUUUUUAAGUUUAUUAUCAAUCCUAAGCUUCUUUGAACUAAUGAAAAAUCAUCUUGUGGCAUUUAAUGUUCAAUUUAUGCUUUGUACCUAAAGCAUGAUUUCUUUGAAGUUGUCACUAAUUGUACACUAACAUACUGUGAUGCUUGAGAGAGUUUUAAAAAGUUUAUUUGAAUAAAUUAUUCAUGCUUUAC